AUGCUGUCCAACCCGCUGCAGCGGUACUCUCCCUAUCACAACUCGGCCGUUGCCGCGCCGGUUGGCGCGCCGGCUGCCGUGACCGGGCCGCCCUCGGCCUACAACACCCAGCUCGCGCAGGCUCAUCUCCAGACAGACGGCUUCGGCGGCUUCAGGCAAGACCAUGGCUAUGGCUUCCAACCGCCACCUCCCCUGGACCGGGACAUGCCCGUCACCAGCCCACCCAUGGGGCCUCCUAUGCCUCACUCGAAGCCCAAGCACCACCACUCCGGCGGCCCUGGAGGCAGAUCCUCGACGGCUUCGGCGCCCAUCAGGCGGCGCAUAAGCCGCGCCUGCGAUCAGUGCAACCAGCUUCGGACCAAAUGUGAUGGACGACACCCCUGCGCCCACUGCAUCGAACUCAACCUGAGUUGUGAGUACAUGCGGGAAAAGAAGAAGCGAGGAAAGGCCUCGCGCAAGGACCUCGCCGAGCGGGCUGCCGCGCAGGCUGCGGCUGUGGGCGGCCCUGGCGGUGACGCAAACAAAGCUCACGGCACCAACGACCAAGGAGACUCGGCCGCCAAUGCUGGCCACGGCAGCGACGUGUCGACAGGUACGCGGCACACAAACGACCCUGAAUUUCAGACACGCCAAACCACCGUCUCCAGUGACAUGUCGGACCAGUCUCACCUCGCCGACGACACUCCCAUGGAGAGGGACGGGAUGGAAAGCAACCAGGCUAUCGACCUCAACGGCUAUGGCAGACUCUCUACCGGAUACGAAAGGCACGGCAUGGGUGGAGGGAUGAUGGGGAGCCCGGGCUACUCCAACGACCCCAGCCACAACAUGUCUGGCUACCCGCUAUCGUUCGGGCUGCUCCCGCAAAGUCCUGCUGCUUUUAACGGCUCUGGAUACCGCAUGGGAAACAGCCCGCUUACCGGAUAUCAGAUGGCCGGUGGGGCGUCUCCCGGCUGGGGUGUCGGCAUCUCGUCGCCCUCUGGGCAGUUUCAGUCGCAACAACCCCAGCAUCAAGUCCAACAGAAGCCCUUGGGACACACUGGCCUUCGCUACCCUGUUCUCGAGCCACUCGCGCCGCACCUGAGCAACAUCAUUCCCCUGAAUCUCGCCUGCGACUUGCUCGACCUUUACUUCUCCUCGUCAUCGUCCGCUCAGAUGCAUCCCAUGUCGCCGUACGUCCUAGGAUUUGUGUUUCGAAAGAGAGCAUUUCUUCAUCCAAACCGGCCUCGAAAAUGUCAGCCAGCCCUGCUGGCUAGCAUGCUUUGGGUGGCGGCGCAGACAAGUGAUGCAUCUUUGCUGACGAGCUCUCCCACGGCGAGGGCUCAGAUCUGCCAGAAGCUCUUGGACCUGACAGUCAGAUUUCUCAAGCCUCUGAUCCAUACUCCGAUGGGGGAGACCCUGCUGACAACUGGGAACGCGAGCAUCGGAGCCGUGGGAAUGGCCGGCCUGGGCGCUGCGAUGCCGGGGUCGUUGGGCGUGGAUGGGCUGUCGGGAGAGGCAGGCUCGUUUGGAGCAGCUGGUCAGCUUGACGACGUUGCGACAUACAUUCACCUGGCCACGGUAGUAUCGGCUAGUGAGUACAAGGGCGCCAGUGUGAGGUGGUGGAACAUUGCAUGGUCACUUGCUCGCGAGCUGAAGCUCGGUCGGGAGCUACCACUCGGCAACAUACCGCCAAACACCGACCGCAACGAGACGGACCACGACGGCAAUAUCGAGGACCACGACAUCUACCGGAGCAUACCGGGGUUUGUAACAGAGGAAGAGCGAGAAGAGCGUCGGCGGAUCUGGUGGUUGCUCUACACUGUCGAUAGGCACCUGGCCCUGUGCUACAACCGACCCAUGUUUCUCCUCGACAUAGAGUGCGAGAACUUGCUGCAACCACUCAACGACAAUACCUGGCAGAAGGGAGCCUUUCCGACGUUUCCGGAUAAUAACCCCGAUCAGGGCGCGCUUGGUUCCGGUUCCCAAGGUUUCGGUGCUCAGGGUGCUCGGCUCGCGGGACCACAGUUCGAGUGUCGCGGGCAUAGCAUCUUUGGCUACUUUCUCCCACUCAUGACGAUACUAGGCGAGGUUGUCGACUUGCAUCAUGCCAAGAACCAUCCUCGUUUCGGCAUCGACUUCCGCGCAGCGCACGAAUGGGAUGCUCAGGCGGAGGAGAUUCGCCGCCACCUCGAGGUCUACGAGCAAAGCCUCAAGAGAUUCGAGGAGCAGCACUUGCCGAGACAAGCAGACGGUGGCAAGGGGGAUUCCGGUCGGCCCGAUGGCGACAAUACGAGAAUGAACGAUACGAGCAGUCCGUCAGCGCAGUCCGUGUACACGAACGCCUCAAACCGCAUGACGGAGAAUGAGAUCCAAGCUCGGAUAACAGUGGCGUACGGGACGCAUGUUAUGCAUGUGCUCCAUAUUCUACUUGCCGACAAGUGGGAUCCCAUCAGUCUCCUUGACGACAAUGACUUGUGGAUUUCGACGCAGGCCUUUAUUACUGCGACAGGACAUGCGGUAUCGGCAGCCGAUGCAAUCGCUCAGAUCCUGGAGUUUGAUCCCGGUCUUGAAUUCAUGCCAUUCUUUUUCGGCGUUUACCUCUUGCAAGGAUCGUUUUUGUUGCUCCUGAUUGCCGAUAAGCUCCAGUUUGAGGCAUCACCGAACGUCAUCAGGGCAUGCGAGAUUAUUGUGCGAGCUCACGAAGCGUGCGUAGUUACGCUCAACACUGAGUAUCAGCGCAACUUUAGCAAGGUUAUGCGAAGUGCUUUGGCUGUUGUUCGUGGGCGAGUACCCCAGGAUCUGGGUGAGCAGCACCAACGGCGAAGGGAACUCCUCGGACUGUACCGAUGGACCGGUGGGGGAACGGGUCUCGCUCUCUGA